AACCAACCCCCUCACUUCCCACUAUAAAGAUUCCAUCACCUAACCCUCUUUAACACCUUAUUAGCUUGCUACACCCAACCAAUCUCUUCAUUCCUUCACCCUUUCUUCUCUAUAUCAUCGUAUACGUCUCAUCCAUUCAUAAUAACCUCUAAACUCCAACACACACACACACACAUCCUAUCCUGUACAAAAUAAUCAGUGUCAUUCUUUACAAAAUAGCAUGCUAUAAUGCCAUCGGUGCAUUCUAGUCCGUGUUACCCGAUGGAAAACCCGGCUUUGGCAUCUUUACUCCGUCACACGACGGGGGAGAGUAAGCGUAGCAGCAAAUUCUCCAGCGGAGGAGGGCUUUUGAAAAUGUUCAAGUUGUUUCCCAUGUUGACUUCUGGAUGCAAAAUGGUGGCUCUCUUGGGAAGACCUCGGAAAAUGCUAAAGGACAGUGCGACGACCGGGACCAUCUUCGGUUACCGCAAGGGGAGGGUGAGUUUGGCCAUACAAGAGGACACGCGUCAAAUGCCCAUUUUUCUGAUCGAGCUGCCGAUGCUGGCCAGUGCUUUGAACAAGGAAAUGGCGUCGGACAUCAUGAGGAUUGCGUUGGAGAGCGAGACGAAGAGCAGCAAGAAGAAGCUGAUGGAAGAGUUCGUGUGGGCGGUGUAUUGCAAUGGGAGAAAGGUGGGUUACUCCAUCAGGCGGAAACAGAUGAGCGAUGAUGAGCUCCACGUGAUGCAGCAUUUGAGAGGGGUGUCCAUGGGAGCAGGGGUGCUCCCCACCGCAUCGGAUCAUAAAGAUUCCGACGGAGAAAUGACGUACAUGAGGGCAAGGUUUGAGAGGGUGGUUGGGUCUAAGGAUUCCGAGGCUUUGUACAUGAUAAACCCAGAUGGGGCUCAAGGCCCCGAAUUGAGUAUCUUCUUUGUUAGACCUCACUAGAUUUCAUCAAAUCAAUUAUCAUCAUCAUCAUCAUCAUAUCCGUAUAUACCAUAUCAUAUCUUUAUCUAUCAUUCCUACUGUAAGCUCCACCUCUUUCAAAAACUCCCAUUCCAUUCCCUUCUUCUUCUUCUUCUCCUCAUCAUUCUUAACCUUCCAUUCCCCAGUUAUCAGUAAUUCUUUUCAAAACGAAUAAUAACCAUACAUAUAUAUACCACUCAUUAAUCACAGAUUUCGAACCAUUUAUAUA